AUGAACCAAAGUGCUGUUCUUAUUUUUUGUCUUAUCUUUCUGACUCUGAAUGGUACUCAAGGAAUACCUCUCUCUAGAACUAUACGCUGUACCUGUAUCAAGAUUAGUGAUCAACCUGUAAAUCUAAGGUCCUUAGAAAAAAUUGAAAUGAUUCCUGCAAGUCCAUCGUGUCCACAUGUUGAGAUCAUUGCCACAAUGAAAAAGAGUGGGGAGAAAAGAUGUCUGAAUCCAGAAUCUAAGACCAUCAAGAGUUUAGUGAAAGCAAUUAGCAAGAAAAGGUCUAGAAGAUCUCCUUGA